CCAUGUUAUCAUUCGGCUCUCCAGCAAGUUUGACAUGCGCUCUAAUUGUACUCGCAAGUUCGAGAAUCGUUCACUCCAGUCCACUCAAUCAAGAUGCUGCCCAUACAGUGAUUAAAAGAGAAUCACCUUCGUCCUUAACUAUUACAGGUGCUACGCUCACCUCAAAAUGGUUCGAAGGUUCCGAUUAUGUUCAAAUAAUCGAGAUGGUGCUUUCUAAUGAGGAUUCUAUCAACUCGUUCACGAAAGCGGAUAAUCUCACCAUCUCAGCCUCCUCCACGUCCUUCGAUGUCGUUCGCCAAGCUACCGUAACUCGACUGAUGGCGGGACAGCAGGUUGUGGCACAAGUUGGAGUGAAGAACAAAGAAGGAAUCACCGGCGGAACUUCUUGCUCAGGAACGGUGACGGCGACUUGGGGCGAUUCACAGACUGCCUCAACCGACGUCAAUGGGAUGUGUGGAUUCGGUGAUUAUAGCGCUACAAAAGACAGCUUAAAUCACCACUGGACUCCGGAUUGGUACAACAAUGCCAAGUUUGGCAUAUUUAUCCACUGGGGCCUUUACUCCGUUCCGGCCUUUGGCAACCAAGGUGACAAGGCGGAUUACGCAGAAUGGUACUGGAUUCGAAUGACGCAACCAGAAUACAGGUCACAAACAUAUCAAUACCAUCGUGAUACCUAUGGCGACGAAUUUGAUUAUGAUUCCUUCAUUCCAUCGUUCACCGGAAGUGCAUUUGAUGCGAAAGAGUGGGUGGAUCUUGUGGCGGCCGCCGGCGCGAAAUACGUUGUCCCUGUGACUAAGCAUCAUGAAGGCUUCGCUAUCUAUGAUGUUCCAGAAUCGACAAGUCUGCGAUCGUCGGUGAAAUUGGGCCCCAAACGGGAUUUUAUAGCUGAAUUGAUGAGCGCUGCAAAGACGUACUAUCCUGAAAUCAGACGAGGGACAUAUUUUUCCAUGCCCGAAUGGUUCAAUCCAGACUAUGCCGAGUAUGCUACCGAUUGUUGUGGAGGGUUUCCAGGCGGACCCCCCAGAAACCCCUACACUGGCGAGGAAGUGCCCUAUACCGGCCACGUACAAGUGGAAGACUACGUGACUGGCCUUCAGUUGCCCCAAAUGGAAACUCUAGCCUACGAUGACCGUUACGAUACAGAGAUUAUGUGGUGCGAUAUCGGUGGUGCCAAUAACGCCACCAUCAUGCUCUCCAAGUGGUUGAAUUGGGCGCGCGAUCAGGGACGGCAAGUGACAUACAACAACCGCUGCGGGUACGGUUCAACGGACCAUACUGAUGCUUCUGGUGGCGACUUCACCACUCCCGAAUACUACUCUAUUAGCGAAACGCUUGCAAGCAAGUGGGAGUCCAACCGCGGCAUGGAUCCCUUCUCGUACGGAUACAACAAAGAUACACCAGACAGUGGGUAUUUGACAGGCCAAGACAUUGUGACCACACUAGUAGACAUCGUGUCGAAGAACGGCAACUUCUUGCUCGAUGUGGGGCCUAUGGCGAACGGAACGAUCCCGGAGAUCAUGCAAAAGGGCCUUAGAGAUGCGGGCGCGUGGAUCGGUGAGCGUGGCGAAUCUAUCUACGGCACACGUUUCUGGCAAACAACAAGCGGCAAAGAUGAUUUCAGAUAUACUAUCAGCGACGAUGCCUUUUACAUCCACGUUCUGAAUGCACCGAGUGCUGAGGCAACUACGCUUUUAGUGCCCGAUCGGGUGCCAUUCUUAGAUGGCGAUAGUAUCGAAGUGCUCGGAGGGGAAAUGUCGGGCACGAACAUUCCUACAACGAGGAAUGAUGAUGGAACUUUGACGAUGACUGUUGAUGCCGCUCUGUUUGCUGCAGACAGGUAUGCAUGGACUUUCAAGAUUGUAUAUGGAUCGUAA